AUGACAGGUCCUUGCUCUUUCUCUCGGCUGCAACAUGUCUUUUUCUUCUUCCUACUCUUGUUCGUCCCAUGUCUCAGCUUACCACAACCAUUCUCUGUCGACAUAGACGGUUCUAACUGGGAUAUUUCUUCAGAGUCACAAUGUUUAUCCCAACAACAAGGCAACUUCUCCCACUCCCAAUACUUACACAACCUUAAACGUCUUGUCUCUUCCAUCCGUUCUCUCCGUUCCAACACUUACAACUUCUACAACCUCUCCAUCGGAACAAACUCAGAUAAAGUCGAAGCCAUUGGACUCUGCAACAGAGUACUCACCCGAGUAGACUGUCUCAACUGUAUCUUCCAUGCUGCAAACAAUCUAACCACAAUCUACUGUCCAGGUGAUAGAGAAGCUCAAAUACGUUCCACAAAGUGUAUGUUUCGUUACUCGGACAAACCCAUUUUUGGGAAACUCACAAUCUCCCCUGCCAUGGAGGUUUUGAACCCAAACAACGCUACUGCAAACAGAACCGAGUUUAUUAGAUUGCAGAGCAAGUUACUUAACCAGCUCAGACUACAAGCUGCGAGAGGUGGCCCUAAGAGGAAGUAUGCUCAAGGAGAAGGUCCUGGUCCUGGUCCUCCACCCUACACCAGAUUCUUCGCCACCACUCAGUGCACGCCCGAUCUGUCUCAUACAGAUUGCAACCGUUGUCUCAUUUAUGGUUUUAGGAACGCGACCAAAGGGAGAAUUGGAAUCAGGUGGUUUUGUCCAAGUUGUAAUUUUCAGAUUGAGAGUGGCCUGAGAUUCUUCCUUCUCGAGUAUGACCCUGAUGAUCUAUCAAUGAAAUCAGGAAUGAGCAAAACCAAAAGUAUUAUUGCCACAGUUGGCUGUGUUUUUGGUUUAGUCAUAAUAAUAUUCUGUCUUUGCUUCUUACUAACAAAGGAUAGAAGAAAAGAAAAACAAAGUCUCGAAGGCAAAGAUGUCAAAGACAGUAAGAUUAAAGAUGCACAAUUAUUUCAACUGGACAUUGAUACCAUAAGACUAGCAACGAGUGACUUCUCUCCUAACAAUCACCUUGGAGAAGGUGGCUUUGGUGCAGUUUAUAAGGGUGUUCUUGAUUCUGGGGAAGAGGUAGCUGUGAAAAGAUUGUCAAUGAAAUCAGGACAAGGAGACAUUGAGUUCAUAAACGAAGUCUCUUUGGUCGCAAAACUUCAACACCGAAACCUUGUUACGCUUUUAGGUUUCUGCUUAGAUGGAGAAGAACGACUUCUCAUCUAUGAGUUCUUCAAGAACACAAGCCUCGAGCGCUACAUAUUUGAUUCUAAUAGGAGAAUGAUCUUAGAGUGGGAAACACGUAAGAGGAUAAUCUCAGGUGUUGCUCGAGGUCUUCUUUACCUUCAUGAAGAUUCUCGUAUCAAAAUCAUUCAUAGAGAUCUUAAAGCCAGCAAUGUUCUACUGGAUGACGAAAUGUAUCCAAAAAUCGCGGAUUUUGGAAUGGCUAAGUUGUUUGAUACAGACCAAACAAAUCAAAUCAAGUUUACAAGCAAAGUUUCGGGAACCUACGGUUACAUGGCUCCAGAGUAUGCAAUGAACGGGCAGUUCUCGGUGAAAACUGAUGUAUAUAGCUUUGGCGUACUAGUCCUUGAGAUCAUUACAGGCAAGAAACACAACUGGUCUCCAGAAGAAGAAACAUCAUUGUUCCUCCUUAGUUAUGUGUGGAAAUGCUGGAGAGAAGGGAAAGUGUUAAAGAUUGUGGAUCCAACUCUGAUUGAAACAAAAGGUCUAAGUGAUGACAUAAUGAAAUGCAUUCACAUUGGUCUUUUAUGUGUUCAGGAGAAUGCAGAGAGUAGACCAACAAUGGCUUAUGUUGUUGUAAUGCUAAGUGAGAGCUCUUUCACGUUACCGAGGCCCUCACAACCUGGUUUUUACCCACUUUAUGGAGAAUCAUCAUCAUCAAGAGGCAAUCACACAAGUACUAUUCCGUCUUUCAAUAGUGUUUCAAUCACUCAGUUAGUUCCUCGUUAAUCCAUGAGUAAUUCUAUUGCUUUAAAGUCUACUACAGCAUGCAUGAUUGCUGAAUCCAGUUGAUGACCAAAACUUGUUGAUAAUGUUGUAAACAAUUUGUCAAGGAUAUUUACACUAAAAUGGUCAGGAGCUUAGAGCUGCAUUUCAAAUGAAAAUAGGU